CUUGGACAUCGAAACAAUCAAUCAUGAGUCCGAGCUGCUCCGCUAUCGCCAUCGUCGUUGGGUAGUCGAAAACGAAUGUUCCUGGAAGUCGAAGUCCAAACGAUUUAGAGACAUCUCCAGCUAGUGCAAUUGCACCAAGGGAGUCGAGACCAGCAUCCAACAAUAUCGCGUCUUGGGGCACUAAAUGACCAACAUGGGCAGCGGUGAUAUUGUCAACCAUUACGGUGAUGUCGUGUUUUGAUAGUGCUGAACAGUUACUAUAAAACGAGCAUUUCUGUGCAUCUGUGUUCCUCAAGUCAUCAUGUUUUCGUUCUGUAGAUGGCAUAUAUACACUUUUGGCAACAGAAAAUAAAUUAUCAUUAGCAGGUGAAUGACCUUCACAAUCAGAGUACAAGAAUCUUGGCCAAUUGAAGUCUGCCACGACGUAAUCCCUUGCAGCCUGAUUGGACACGAGAGCUAUCAAAGUUUCUGCUCCACUCGAGGGAUGGAUAACACCCACACCAGAUGCAUUUGCCGUGGCAAGACCACUAGAUGUAGUGAUCAUGCCAAAUCCACCACCCCAUGCGCCCCAACGCACGGAACAUGAUGGUAAUCCACACCUACGCGUCCUAAUUGCUUGGACAUCAGUAGAUGCAUUUGCAGCGGCAUAGUUGCCUUGCCCUGGUGAUCCGAUCACCGCGAGAGAAGAAAACAUGGUAAUUGAAUGCACAUCGCAGAGAUGAUCAACGACAUGUAGCAUGCUGUUUCUCUUUGGAGCGAAUACUGUACGCGUCAUUCCAGCAGUGAGCCGCAUGACUGAAGAGUCCGCUAACACUCCACUUGCAUGUAGGUAUAUUGGAGAACGUGCACGUUUACAGCAAGUUGAAUCUUCGGAUCGUGUGACGUCGGAUCUGACAAACGUGAGUGUAGCUGUGCACAUUGUGUCAUUUGAUGUCAGCAAUGAAGCCACACGGCCGGUUC